UAUAAAUGGGAAAUACAAAUGUUAACAAAAUUAUGCUCAGUUCUAUAGAGAAGCAAAAGUACGAUAAAAUAGUAGAAAUUAUUGAAGUAUUUCAUGACUUGAUUAGAAAUAUCCACAAAUAUUGUCGGAAGAUUUAAGUUAAGAAAUAUAAUCAACUCCUUUAGCCAGAGCUGUCUGGAGAAAUGACAUCUAUUUAGUUGAUAUAUUAAUAAAAGUAAAAUAAAUUUGAUAGUAGAACGGGGCUGAUGUUGACAAUGGAGGAUCUUCAAGCAUAACUCCAUUAAUGUGGGCAUGCAGAAGAGAUAAUGCCUACCUGGUCUCUAAUUUAGUUGAAUAUGGAGCUAAAAUUGUUACAAAAUCAAAUGAAGGAUACACUGCAUUAGAUUAUGCAAUAGUUCAUGGUAAUUAUAGACCAGCUUUAUUUUUAUUUGAAUUUUAUUAAGAAACUUUAGAAUAUUUUGAUUACUACCAAUUUGCUAAGGAUAGGGACUAUAGAUAUGUUAAUUAUGAAGUUAUGUUAUCGAAUUUGAAACAAAAAGUUCCUUAUUCAUAGCUACCAAAUAUAUUUAAAAAACCUGAGAAAAAAAGAUUAAUAGAUCCAGUUGUUGAUCCUAGAGAAAGUUGGAAGCAAUUAAUAGUUAGAUAAAUCGAUUUCAAAGAACCUCCUUUGGUUGAAAGAACUGAAUUACCUGAAAAUUUAUAACCAUAAAAUCGAUUUUGGGGAAAAGUUAGAUAAUAGAUCAAUGGAUUAUCUGUUUAGCCAUCAUAGAGGAUGAAUUAAGGAGAUGAAGGCUAGAAUUUAUAACAAAACAUACCGUAAGAAAUCAAAUCAUCAAAAAGUUAGGACUAGGAGCAUUCUAACAUACAUAUAGACUAAGUAUCAGUAGGUUGAAAUACUUGAAAC